ACCGAUUUCCUUACACUACUCGCAUCAAACCAAGAACACCUCUAAUCUGCUUCUUUCCUCUUCUAUCUAAAAUACAGAAGAAACAUAUAUGGAGGGGCUUAAGGUUUCAAGGCGCUUAAUGGCUGCUGUGUUAAGCAUGAUCUUGGCGACGUCAAUGAUGCCGGCCGAUGGGCAAGUCGUCUCGCCCUGCACAAAUGCAAUGGUCAGUAGCUUCACUCCAUGCUUUAACUACAUUACAGGGAGCAGUGCUAAUGGAUCUUCACCAACUGCUGACUGUUGUGGAUCGCUUCGCUCGCUCAUGAGCACUAGCAUGGAUUGCGCUUGCCUUAUAUUGACUGGGAAUGUGCCGUUCCAGAUACCAUUCACCCGUAAUCUGGCCAUGUCACUCCCUAAGGCUUGCAAGAUGAGUGGUGUUUCCGUCCAAUGCAAAUCAUCUGCCUCUCCUCUUCCAGCUCCAGGUCCUGCAACACUUGGGAUACCUCCUCCAAGACAAGCUCCUCCUUCUCCUAGCCCCAGAGCUUCCUUGAUCCCUGCAUUGUCGUCACCACCACCGGCUUUGCCUCCGGAAAUCGAUAUAACUGUGGCAUCAGAGCCGGCAUUGCCACCAGUGGAUACAGCAACUCCGACACUAAUUCCAGGGAGCCGGCCGGUUCUAACCCCAUCAGCUGCUAAACCCGCUUACAUUUUCUCACCAUCUCUGUUUCUUUUUGUUUUGGGAGUCAUGGUUUUGAAUUAUCAUUAAUUAAUUUGUUACCUUAUUGGAGCUUUCAUUGAAUUAUCUUUAAAAUGUGAUGCUCUACAAUCUAC